AUGGAAUUUUGUUCUUCACUAAGUGGACAACUGUUUGUUGAUAUUGAAAUGUUCGCCCAACCGAUCCCAUCCGAGUUGACGGCGAAACUGCUGGGUAACAGAGUGGCCGUGUCACCCAUCGUCACCGUCGAACCUAGAAGGCGAAAGUUUCACAAGCCAAUCACGCUCACGUUGCCCUUACCACAGGCCUCUUCAAAGGGGAUGAUCAACCAUUACUCGGGCGAUGCGCCUACUCUCAGGCUUUUGUGCAGCAUCACAGGAGGAACAUCCAGAGCACAAUGGGAGGAUGUUACUGGCUCGACGCCUCUUACAUUUAUCAACGAUUGCGUAUCAUUUACAACAACUGUUUCGGCGCGAUUUUGGCUGAUGGACUGCCGGAAUGUGGCGGACGCGUCUAAAAUGGCUACCGAGUUAUACCGGGAGGCUAUACACGUACCAUUUAUGGCCAAAUUCGUGGUGUUUGCUAAACGAACAGACACAAAUGAAGCUCGAAUACGGUUGUUCUGUAUGACGGACGAUAGAGAAGACAAGACCUUAGAACACAAAGAACACUUUACUGAAGUCUCAAAUAGUAGAGACGUUGAGGUUUUGGAAGGCAAACCUGUGUUCGUCGAAUUUGCAGGAAAUCUCGUACCAGUCACCAAGUCCGGGGAACAACUCAGAUUAGUGGUGCGGGCGUUUAAAGAAAACAGAUUACCAUUCACCAUGCGUGUAAAAGAUCCCAGUGCCGAACCACGGUCGUGGACUAUAAUAAUGAAAGAACCAAAAGUUUCUAAAAACGAACCAGCUCAAACGCCAGUUUGUGUUUUACAAUUCGGAUUGCCCGAAAACAUUGUACACGAUACAGAUGACAAUGUUGAUGAACAUUACAACUACACAUACACCCACGAUUCGAACACAGAGUCACACAAACGUGCUGAAUUAAGAAUAACCGAUAUUAGUAAUUUCGUGUCUGAUGAUUGGAUUAAUCUGGCACAUGAAUUGGGAUUCCAAUCGACAGAUAUUGCUCAAAUACAGAGAGAAUAUCCAGAUAGUAGUGGUCAACAGUGUAUGAGUAUGCUUAAUUUAUGGAUGAACGAAAUAUCCGGCCAAGAUUCAGUCAUUGCUUUAGAAAGAGCUUUAAACAAUAUUGGUAGAGCUGAUGUAGUGGAAAAGUGUAAUUUUGCGGAGAUUGGGCAUUAUCCUUCGGAAAAUGGCAUUUACGCAAAGCCAGAAAAACAUCAAAGCUCGCAAUCUCUGAACAACAAAUAUGCUGCCGAAGAAAAGGCUGUGAUCGAAGACGAGAUCGUCAAAACGGUGACUGAGAGACGAAUGGAAAUUGAACAACGAUUGAACGGUGAACCAGUGGUCAAUGACAAGAAAUAUGAAUCGUUUGCCAAAGGAGAUGACGCUGUCCAAAUGACAUCCAAAUCCGAAGAGAUCCCCAUUGUCGAACCGAUCGAACCCACCGAGGUGUCGUUCGAACACAAACGAAUGUCAUUUGAGAGAGGUGUGUCAAUCGAACAGGUGCUCCAAGAAGAAAUUCCGAUAAAAGAUAAAUCAGUCAUGUUGGAAGAGAAAAAGAUGCCAUCGAUCGAAGAAAAACUUGUCGAUGUGGAUGUGGAUGUGGACGCAACGAGCUUGACGUUUCACGAAAAAAGAUUGUCUUUCGAGCAAGGAAUACCCGUCAAGGAAAUCAUUCAAAAAAAGUCGGAGGAUAACAUCACCGUUCCUGGAAACGGGAAAGAAUCGACAGUGAUAAUUGAAACCGAAAAGUCAGUCGCAAAGAGCGAUAUGACGUUGGCGGAAGAUGCAAAUGUUUCUGAUACAAAAGCAGUUCCAAAGCCUAGUAUUGAAUUAACUAAGGACACAGAUGAGAAAAUAAGACGUGAUUCGAUAUUGUUUGAAGAAGUUUCUCAAGGUUUGGUGAAACUAGAUUCAAAUGGAUCAAAAGUAGAAGACAAAUCUGAACUACUAUCACCUCAAUCAUCUAGAACUCCUCCACCAAGCCCUGCGGAGUUCAAAGAAAUGGAACAACAAAAUGAAUCUAAACAACGCCAGACAGAAUCCAUAUCUGCAGAAAAAGAGCCUCAAACAGCAUUAUGGUCACAGGACAAUGAUGACUUGUUGGACACUCAUGGUUUCGGCGAACAUCUCAACGGCAUUGAAACGCCAAAUUUAUCGAAGCCGAAAACUCAUAAAUCGUUGGCGGACAUUGAUGAGGAAUUUGAGGAACGGUCGGUUGUAUUGCAUCCUUUUUUUGAUCAACCAAAAAAAGAUAUUUUCGAACAAGUACAAUUUAUAAAACAUCACGAUGAUUCACCUGCAUUUGAUAGCCCGUUAACAGAUAAAAGUGUAUCUCAUCAUGAUACAGGAAUAAGUCUAUCUAGAGAAUAUUCCGAUACUUUAACUAGUUCAGGAAUAAGAACAAAACCUAAACAUACAGAUACAGCUUUUGAUGAAGAGGCAGAACUCACAGAUAAUGGAUUAAGUCCAAUUCAACCUGAUGAAGUCGGGCUUGCUGCUAAUGAAAUAAUAGAAAUAAAAAAAAAAAUUGGAAUGUACGACGCCGGAAAUAGCCCAAUAAUAUUUAUGGAAUCUAUAGCAUUAUCUCCUUUUGAAACAGUGAAAAGUGAUGUUUCUACUAUCACUGAUAAUGUGAAAAAAAUUGAUGUAGCAAACAGUCCAAUAGAAUCAAAUAAAAUUCAAAGAAAUAUGGACACAACAGUAGAUGUUAAAAAAAUGAUAAUGCAAUUGGAGAAAUCUGGCGCAGGAUUGGAAAACGUAACAUUCCAACAAUCACCAAAAAGAAAACAACCAGUGAAAACGUUUCUAACUGAAACAAUACAUUCAGAGGAACAUCAAACUCUAUACGUUGACAUCAAAAAAGAGUAUAAUAAAAAUGAUACAAAUACAACAAAUCUACAGUCAAAACUAGACGAAGUAAUUAAAACCGAAAAAUGUGUGUUGGAACAUUUGGAAAAAGGUGUAAAUACACCCAAAAAUAAUUCGGAGCUAGAAAAUAAAUUAUUGCAAAUUGUUAAUAUAGAAACAAAUACAGGAUAUAAAAAAGAAGAAAGUAUUAUGGAACCAAUAAAAGUGACAGGUAUUUCUAAAGAAUUGAAACAAUUAAUUGAUGACGAGGAAAAAGAACAAGAAAGAAUGUUUAGAGUACUAAUGAAUGAAAAUGAUACAAAUAAAAAUAUAUAUAAUAAUCAAACACCUGUAGUUGAAGAAAUUAUAACUCCUAAACGAUCUAUAGACUUAGCAUGUAUGGACGUUGAAAAAGAUGAUAAAGAUAAGAAUUUAGAUAUUGCAGAUGACGAAGAAAAUGAAAUAAACAACACUAAAAAAGACAAAUCAAUAUCAUUUAUACCUAAAACAAUAGAAAAAGGUUUAAAAGAUAUAACAAUGACACUAACAAGUAUUGUAAAAAAAAUGGAUGUAAAUGAUAUGUCAGGAAAGAAAAAUGAGAGUGAAGGGGGAGAUAGAGUAGCUGAAAUAAUAAUUGAAAUUGAAAACGACCAACUUGUAACUUUAACUAAUAACAAGAUAAAAGAAACAAGUAACAAUAUACUAGAAAUAGACAAAUCUAAAAUAAACACAAACAAUAAAACAAAAAAUAAUGAACCAAACAUAGAUAUUGACAAAACCAUAACAAAUACCGAAGUAAAACAAAUUCUGAAUGAAAAUCAGAAAGAAGUAAUACAAACAUUUGAAUCAAAUCUCAAUAAUGUAAAUAAACAAGUAGUGACUGAGCAAAAAAGUAAUGAAAACCAAAGUAAAAACAAAACUAUCGAUACACAAAUCAAAAUCGAAAACAAAACUGACACAAACACUAAAACAACAACAACCACUAAUGAACAAUACGAAAAAACUGAAACACAUACUAAAACCUUCAUACAUAAAAAAAAUAAAGAACAAACAGAGAUAAAAACGACAAACAUUUGUAACAAAACCCAUAUCCAAGAAAAAAUCAUAAAAGACGAAGCUACCAACUUUGAAAACAUUAAAGUAAAUACGGGAGAAAAAAAAAUUGAAAAGAAAAUAGAACAAAUUAAAAUACGAGAAGAAAACCCUAUAACACCAAAAUAUGAACAUAAAAUCGAGGAAAACGAAAGAAAAAAAGAACAAUCCAAAACAGAAAAUAGUAAAACGAAACCUUGCAUAGAAGGAAUAGAAAGUGAUAAAAUACAUUUCGAUGAGUUUUAUAAAUGGGUGGAUAAAAUAGUAGAAGGAAAAAAUGAAAAUGCAACAAAAAGCGAAAACAACAAAACUCAAAAACAAAAUAAUUCAGUUACAUUAACAAAAAAUUUAAACGCUGAUAUUUCAAAAACUGACACCUAUGAUGAAGUAUCUAAAAUAAUUAAUAUUGAAUCAAAAACUACUGAAACCAUUGAUCAUGAAAUCGUAACUGACAAAACAUUCUUCCAAAAACCAAUUCUAACAAAAUCUGAUUCGAAUGAAAAUGUAAAAGCAAUUAUUAGUAAAAAAGAUUUCGAUGACAUUGUAGAACAUGACAAAGAUCUUAAAAUAACAACCUCUGAUAAAACUAAAGUUGAUAAAACUGACUCUAAAGAUUCAGUUAAAUUAACUACAGUUGAAAAAACUGACACCACUGAUGAGGUAUCUAAAAUAACUACGAUUGAAUCUAAAUUUUCUGAAAUCAUUGAUCAUGAAACUGUAACCGAUAAAACAUUGUCCAAGAAUGCCGUCCUAACUAAACCUGAUUCAAAAGAAAGUAUUAAGGAAAUUAUAGGUGAAAAAGAUUUAGUUGACAUUGUAGACCUGCAAAAAGAUAAAGAAAUGCCAACUUCUGAUAAAACUAAACUUCAUAAAACUGACAAAACUGAUGAGGUAUCUAAAACAACUACAAUUGUAUCUAAACAUUCUGAAAUCAUUGAUCAUAAAAUUAUAACCGAUAUACCAUUGCCCGAAACAUCCAACCUAACAAAAUCUGAUUCGAAAGAAAGUGUUAAAUCAAUUAUUAUUGAAAGAGAUUUAGAUGACAUUGUAGAGCACGACAAAGAUACCAAAAUUCCAACUUCUGAUAAAACUGAACUUCAUAAAACUGACACCACUGAUGAGGUAUCUAAAACUACUACACUUGAAUCUAAACAUUCUGAAAUCAUUGAUCAUAAAAUUAUAACCGAUAAACCAUUGCCCAAAACAUCCAUCCUAACAAAAUCUGAUUCGAAAGAAAGUGUUAAAUCAAUAAUAAGUGAAAAAGAUUUCGAUGACAAUGUAGAACUCGACAAAGAUACCAAAAUAACAACCUCUGAUAAAACUAAACUUCAUAAAACUGACAAAACUGAUGAAGUAUCUAAAACUACUACACUUGAAUCUAAACAUUCUGAAAUCAUUGACUAUAAAAUUAUAACCGAUAAACCAUUGCCCGAAACAUCCAUCCUAACAAAAUCUGAUUCGAAAGAAAGUGUUAAGGAAAUUAUAGGUGAAAAAGAUUUAGAUGACAUUGUAGAGCACAACAAAGAUACCAAAAUUCCAACUUUUGAUAAAACUAAAGUUGGCAAAACUGACUUUAAGGAUUCAGUAACAUUGACAACCGUUGAAAAAACUGACACCACUGAUGAGGUAUCUAAAACUACUACACUUGAAUCUAAACAUUCUGAAAUCAUUGAUCAUAAAAUUAUAACCGAAAAACCAUUGCCCGAAACAUCCAUCCUAACAAAAUCUGAUUCGAAAGAAAGUGUUAAAUCAAUAAUUAGUGAAAGAGAUUUCGAUGACAUUGUAGAACACGACAAAGAUACCAAAAUAACAACCUCUAAAAAAACUAAACUUCAUAAAACUGACACCACUGAUGAGGUAUCUAAAACAACUACACUUGAAUCUAAACAGUCUGAAAUCAUUGAUCAUAAAAUUAUAACCGAUAAACCAUUGCCCGAAACAUCCAUCCUAACAAAAUCUGAUUCGAAAGAAAGUGUUAAGGAAAUUAUAGGUGAAAAAGAUUUAGGUGACAUUGUAGAGCACGACAAAGAUACCAAAAUAACAAUCUCUGAUAAAACUAAAGUUGAUAAAACUGACUUUAAGGAUUCAGUUACAUUGAAAAACGUUGAAAAACUGACACCACUGAUGAGAAACGAUAACGAUUCCAAAAUCCCAACUUCUGAUAAAACUAAACUUCAUAAAACUGACAAAACUGAUGAAGUAUCUAAAACAACUACAAUUGAAUCUAAACAUUCAGAAAUCAUUGAUCAUAAAAUUAUAACCGAUAAACCAUUGCCCGAAACAUCCAUCCUAACAAAAUCUGAUUCGAAAGAAAUUGUUAAAUCAAUAAUUAGUGAAAGAGAUUUCGAUGACAUUGUAGAACACGACAAAGAUACCAAAAUAACAACAUCUGAUAAAACUAAAAUUGAUAAAACUGACUCUAAGGAUUCAGUUACAUUAACAACCGUUGAAAAAACUAACACCACUGAUGACGUAUCUAAAACAACUACACUUGAAUCUAAACACUCUGAAAUCAUUGAUUAUAAAAUUAUAACCGAUAAAGCAUUGCACGAAACAUCCAUCCUAACAAAAUCUGAUUCGAAGGAAAGUGUUAAAUCAAUAAUUAGUGAAAAAGAUUUCGAUGACAAUGUAGAACUCGACAAAGAUACCAAAAUAACAACCUCUGAUAAAACUAAACUUCAUAAAACUGACACCACUGAUGAGGUAUCUAAAAUAACUACAAUUGAAUCUAAAAUUAUAACCGAUAAACCAUUGACCGAAACAUCCAUCCUAACAAAAUCUGAUUCGAAAGAAAGUGUUAAAUCUAUAAUUAGUGAAAAAGAUUUCGAUGACAUUGUAGAACACGACAAAGAUACUAAAAUAACAACCUCUGAUAAAACAAAAGUUGAUAAAACUGACUCUAAGGAUUCAGUUACAUUAACCAUGGUUGAAAAAACUGACACCACUGAUGAGGUAUCUAAAACAACUACACUUGAAUCUAAACAGUCUGAAAUCAUUGAUCAUAAAAUUAUAACCGAUAAACCAUUGACCGAAACAUCCAUCCUAACAAAAUCUGAUUCGAAAGAAAGUGUUAAAUCAAUAAUAAGUGAUAAAGAUUUCGAUGACAUUGUAGAACUCGACAAAGAUACCAUAAUAACAACCUCUGAUAAAACUAAAGUUGAUAAAACUGACUCUAAGGAUUCAGUUACAUUAACAACCGUUGAAAAAACUGACACCACUGAUGACUGUUAA